AGAUCAACACUACCUGCUGAAGAGUUAUUCGUACAAGAAAUCACAAACCUGAACAAUGCAAUACGAAAGCUGCGCGAGCAGUAUGUCGAUCUUUCCGAAAUAGAGGAUUUCGUUCGAAACAUCAUCGAUGUUCAGCUCAACACCGCCCCGUUUCGUCUACUCAACACCACCAUCGGACUCGUAUGUGCCCGAGAACUGCAGGUACGCAUGUUCAAAGCCAGUGUAGAGUACAAGGAACUUCGGCUAUGGACCAUGAAGCAUCCUGGCUUCCAAAGGGAGCGUAUCGCAGAAGUGGUGGCAGCGUACUUUCGUUUUGUCAUGCUAUCACACAGGUGGGAAGCGAUGGAGUCGUCGCUGCACGACAUCCAAGACAAAGUCGUGUUCAAGUUGAAGGCAGCCGGUGGUCUCGUGAAGUUGCAAUCAUUCUGCAAAAUUGCUCGUGAUGCGGGGUAUCACUGGGCAUGGGUUGAUACAUAUUGCAUCGACAAGUACAACAAUGUCGAGCUCCAAGCGUCACUCAACUCAAUGUUUGUUUGGUAUCACUACUCGGCCCUCACGGUUGUCUACCUGGCGGAUGUUCCGCCUUCAUCCAAGUCUGGCGCGCUGGCGGAGAGCGUUUGGAACACCCGAGGAUGGACCCUCCCGGAAUUCCUCGCCCCUAAAAUUAUUCGCUUCUACCAACAGGAUUGGUCUCUAUAUCUCGACGACAACUCCCCCAACCACAAAGAGUCUGCUAGUAUUAUGAAGGAGAUGGAGGAUGCGACGGGCAUAGAUGCACGUAGCAUCAUCGCCUUCCAACCGGGAACGAGAGACGCCCGAGAAAAACUCCAAUGGGCAUCUACCCGUGUCACCACGGUGCCGGAAGACAUCGCAUAUUCAUUAUUUGGUAUCUUCGGUGUCCAUCUUCCUAUCCUUUACGGCGAGAUGAAGCAAAAUGCGCUCGGACGGCUCCUGCAGGAAAUCAUAGCCCAGUCAGGCGACAUUACUGCCCUCGAUUGGGUCGGACAACCAUCCAGGUUCAAUAGUUGUCUACCAGCAGACAUUAUUUCAUAUCGUGCUCCACCAUGCCUUGUUCCAUCUCUAUCCGAAGAUGAGAUUGAAUCAUCGGUUUCCUCGCUGCGAGGUGCUGUGGCUCUAGAGUCGACUUCGAAACUGUAUCAGGAACUCGACCGCCUGAGCCCUCCCCGUUUUGCGCACCGCCGGUUGCAUCUUCCUUGCAUUGUAUUCCCUGUCACAGAAGUCAGACGGCGGUCUGGCACUGAUCGAGACGAGGAGACAAAUACAUACGGAGUCGAGGCAAACGGGCUUCAUGACCUCCAGAUCACUACAACACACAAGUUCUCGCAGGCAAGGCGCGCUCAACAGCAAUUCCUGCUUGUCCGUCCAUGGGAUCGACGUCUCCUCGAGCAUCUCGACUUCGCAGAGCUGCCUGCCUUUGCAGACGAUGCGGAGAGCUUGGGAAAUUGGUCAGAGUCCGAGUCUCCGUUACAGGACUCGCCCCCCAUUUCUCCUGUAGAAGAAGAGCUAGAUGAAUCUGAAUUUCACUCGCGAGCCUUGCAAUUGAUUGUUCGUCUUGGGCAGCCGUUCAGCGCAUUUUUGCUAGCGCAGCGGCGCGGCGGAGAAUACGCGAGGAUCGCUUCAGAUCAUCAUAUUAUUGUACAGGUCAAAGACAUGGCUUUUGUUCACAGCAUGAUGGACAUCAGGACCGUAAUGAUAUUGUAGAGAUACUUAUCGAUUCACAAGUCAAAGACGUGUCUGUUCACAACAUGAUGGACGGAAUCAGGGCCCUAGAAACACUGUAGCCGUAUGUUUUAUCUUUGAGCUGGUGACUGGUCGGUUGUACCUUGACGAUAUAUAUGUUAUACGCAGAUACUACCCUAUAAUUUCUUUCGAAGCACUAUACAGAUGUUGUCGAACUAUUCAUCACACACUCUACUACGAAUUCUCUGUCCUACACCAUUAGCACUCGUUCCUCCACCACCCCGGGGCUGUGACAAUGCUCGAUCACCAAUUCGCACUUCUUCGUGAUGCCAUACGAGCAGCAGCACACGAAUCAAUACCACAUCGGAUCCAGCUAUCAUAUAU